CGGUGGUUUGUUAAUUUCGUCGUUUGACGCUGUUUUACGCGGGACAAAGGUAAAUAGAAGCAUAUGCUCGGAUAAUUUGCCAAAAUAAUUACUUGAAGCCUCCGAGUGACUCAAAUCUUCAACGCAAUCGUCACUAGGACAUCCCUGAUCAUCAAGCUGAAUAAUCAACGAUCAUCAGGAUGUCUCGGUCAACGAGACUGCGGAAACCCCCAGCGAGAUCCGUUGCUGAGGAUCCACCACCAAUUGUCGAAAAAAUGACAUCUCAAUCACGAAAAGGUAAAGCUAUUGUCCAAAAAGACGUGUUAGUGGAAUUACGAUCGCCAGUUUUGCGGGACAGAACGAAUUUAACGGUUGAGUCACCAAAGCCUGUUAUUUCAAAAAAAGGUAUUGGCGAGGUGAGAAUUGAGUCGAAGAUAAUCACCAGGACGAAAUCAAGAACAAAUUCAUCAGCCCCGGAUGACGAGAAAAUCAAGAGGACAAUUUCCAGGGCAAAAUCGUCGACAAAAAUGAAGACGAAUAAAACUCCUGUAGUUCAGGUCAAACAGAAAGAGCCUGAAGUCCCUGAAGAAGUCGAGAAGGCGUCGAAAAUCCCCAGGAUCUCGAGGAUAACACGAAAGACAUCACAAAGUGAGGCCCGGAAGAGAGUAAAUUCUCCCGUAAAAUCCGAUAACCUCAGAACGACGAAAUCACCCCCGAAGACUCGAUCUCAGGGUCGGGAGGAAGUCCCGAGGACUAGAUCCAAAACAUCAUCAGGAACGAAACCGAAAUCUCCCAGAAAAACGGAAAAAAUCGAGAGGAAAUCCAAACGUCUCCUCUUGAAACCCGUGGAGAAGUCCCCACAGGAGUCAGAAAAAAAAUUCUUCAAGAAUAAAAGGAACCUGAUAGGGGCUCACUCUAAGGUUUCCCCUAUGAAACGAGGGCUGAGGGUACCCCGAAGACCACUGAAAAAGAAAACGUUCUCCUCAGGUUAUCAGCCCACUCUGGCUGAGUCCUUUGCAAAAGCAAAAAAGAACCUGCGGCCCAGGAGAACAGGAAAAAAUUACAACGAGGAGACGAUAAUUGAGAAGAAGACAUCAAAACCCGGUGACGAUCCGCCAAAGGCGCCAGUUUACAAAACCCUCAACACUGAAGAGGAAAAAGCAAAAGACAACGAGGAAGUAUACGAGUUCAGUUUUGACUCCAAUGACUCCUGCGAACGCAUUCCCAAGAAGAGAAAGAAAAAAACGGUGCGGAAGGCGCCAGCCAAAAGGGCUAAGAAGACGACCGAGGCCGUCGGGUCCUCCAAAGCUGUGAAAAAAGUUCCUGAAAUUUCUCAGGAACCACCGAGACCUCAAAAUCGAGAACAAAUUUCCAAGAAAAUUAGUGAAAAAAUUCCUGAGGAUAAACCUGCCCCGAAAACUCAUGGUAAAAAUUUAUUAAAUCUUCCUGGACCCUCAGGAGCUUCUUCUCAGCCUGUAAAACCCGGAGGAAAUAAUCAAAAUGUUUUUAAAACCAUCGAGAGACCGCAGGAGGACCCAAUUCCGUCGCCAUUAUCCUCUCGAGGAAAUUCCCCAGUGGGAGAAAUUCCAGAGCCCUUCGAGGUUACUGCGGACAUCCACAACCCCUCGGACAUUCCUCCCUUCUCGACAUCGACCCCGGGACCCUCAGGAAUUCCCAUAUCAACCCCAGGAACUCCUCCCAAUAUACCUAAAAUCCUGUCCGACGUGAAUCUCAAUGGCGAGAGACGAAUCAGUCUGACAUCAACUCCUCUCCACGUGCCCUCACCCUCCACAACGAGCACCUUCACCAAUCGUCCCUCAACUCAGUACAAAACAAUGUUAAAUCACUCAUUGAUCAGGAGAUCUUUCUCGCCGAUCGUCAAAAAUGCAGCAGAGAAAAUGGACUCUAAUUUUGAUCCCAGCAGCCCUUGGAGACCUCUCUCCAUGAACACCUUCUCCAGGGUGAAAAAUGUAUUCCAGAGCACUCCUCAGGGUAAGAGAGUCCUCACGCCUCAUGGAAUUCACUCAUUGGCGACGGAGAACAGGAGAGUGAUGGGGAGAAUCAACAGAAUCGUCGAACACGACGAGAAUUUGGUUGAGGGGUCACCGAAGAAGUCCCCGAGAAAAUUCGGAACUGUUCUGGGGAAUGUAGAGAGCGCCGGGGCUUCAUCCAGGGUCUCUGGGGGGUCUGAGGGGAAGGAGAAUGAGUUGAGCCCUAGGAAGAGCCCCCCGAAAAGGGUGAGAACGCCCUUGGGAAGUCCCAGGAUUAUCCAGAAGGAGCAGACGCUCAAUCAGACUGGAGAGGACAAACUUCUCAAGCAGUCAAAUCUUCAUGGUUUCCUGGGAAUCCCAGAGAUGCCUGUCAGCACGAGUAUCACCACUGCUCAUGGGAUUUUCAAUGAUGGAGAAGGAACCGUCCGUGGAAAAGAGGUCAGACCUGGGGAUUUCAGUUUGGGAAAUGCCUUUGGGUUUGAGGAUACCUGUGCGGGAGAGGAUGUGUCUUCUGGAAUGGAUGAUUCACGAGAAAAUGCUCCUGGAGUGGUGCAGGUGGAGGAGAAAAUUCAGGAAAAAAAUAUUCCUGAGAAAGUUGGAAAAAUCGAAAACAAUCGAGAGAAGAAGAAAAAUGUCGAGGAGGUGCAAAAAAUUCAGAAAAAAAUUGUGGAGAAAGAGAGGACCGACAGGAUGCCAACGAGGGCCGUACCCAAGGUCGUGGAGGAUUUCGAUAAAAUUGAGAGGCAGAAAGGAGAGAGCAGCAGCGGAGAUGUCAGUGAAGAGGAUGAGAGGGUGCCUGGAAAAUUGGAGACCCAUGAAGCCACAAAACAAAACGUCGUGGAGGCUGUGAGCUUCCUGGACACAUUCGAUGCUGAGGAGAAAGAGAUUGACCCUGUGGAUGUGCCAUUAUUCGUCGAUCCUGAGCCUGUACAUUUCAAACAGCCCCCAAGAUUUUCCUAUGGUAAACGUAAAAGAGGUGUUCACUUCAAUACCUCAGACGAAACUGACGACAGUUUUCACUCUGAUGAGGAAGAGAAUCAGCCCAUACGUAAAAAUAAAAAACGCAAGAUGACAAAGGCUGAGAAGGAGCAGCAGAAGAAACUCGACGAGUGGGCAAAAAAUUUAAAUCAAACAUUCGACGAAAUUGAUCACUUCGAUCUCGUUGUGGAGUAAAAAAAAAUGAGAGAACGAGAUAAUGAACUUGAGGGUGAACAUGAGUGAGUGAUUUUGUCGGAGUUUUAAGGUCAGAAUAUUUUUUUUUUUCGAGUGACAGAUACCACUUCCAGGCUGUUGUGGUGCUCGUCACAACUACUUGUACAAAUUCCUCGACUUUUUGCUGACAUAUUCUAAUUUUUUUUUGUUAUGGGAGAGAUAGAUCAGAUUAGGUUAAAAAAGCUUUAUCUAGCCUCGAACUUAUUUUUAUAAUGGCAAUAUUCUUUAGUGUUCUAAGCAUAAGUUUUUGCUGUCAGAUUAUAGUAUUUUUCUUGUAUUAUUGUGCCCUAUAUAACUCCGGUGAUGUUCUUA